AUGAAAAAAAUAUACAGGGGAACGAAAACAGACGAGAUAUUUCAGGCGCAGAAAAAUAAGUACAACCAUUUGAUAAACAAAAAUCACAUUUACAAUAAUAUUUAUUUGAAUCUGGAGGUGUAUGAAAAAUGGAGGAACCCUAACACGGAUAAGGACGAGCACAGCCACUGGAACGACAGGUCCCUGAGUCUGGUUCUGAAUGCGGACUCGAAUUUGAUGGACAAGGAGGUGAAGCACCUGCUGAGAAGAGGCGUGUCGGACUCGCUGAAGCACCUCAUCUGGGUGAGGUCCAACGAUGUGAACUACUUCGUCAUCAACUUCCCGCAUUUCUACGAAACGACCAUCUACAACACCUUCGGAGACAAAAUCCCCUCCAUCCUGUUCAACGACUGCCCGACCUUCUGUGGGGGAAUCCUUGGCCUGCAGGAAGACAUCAUGUGUGUUCAGACCAAAAUAGAGGAGCUAGAAAUUGAGAACAAUGACGACUACGACAACUUUAAUAUUAACGAUUCGACGAGCAACAUUUUACAGCUUCUGUUUAACCACCCAAAUGAAAAUGAAAAAAAAAAGGACCAGUAUUUACUGCCUGAACAUAACUUUUGGAUAGAACCCAAAACUUUAAGUACCCCAAAUUUUGGGUUCACACAUAAAAAGAAGAAAAAAAAAUUCCUCUACAUUGAAAGUGUGAAAAAUAAACUGCUAAAGAGUAAGAAAAUUGACAACUACUUGAGGGUCGCCUCCGAUUCGGUCCUCCCCUACUCCAAUAACUUCAUUUUUAGAAACCUCUCUAGUCGCUUUUACAAAGGUAAGGCGGAAAAGCCCGAGGGGAAGGCUCCACAGGAGGGGGGCGCGGCAGAGGUGCAGCAUAGCACCCACGGUGAUCAUUUGAAGAGGGGCGAAUUUGCCAACAUGGGGGGUAAUAGUGGUUGUGGUGGUGUGCUUCCCCAACGCAGCAAUGCAGGAGGGAGCGAUAAACCCGCGGAAGGGAAGCCACACAUAAAGGAGGAAGGAGGGAAAAACGUAGAAGGUUUGGCCACCAAUGUAGAAAGACUCCACAAGGAGUCCAGUUUUAAAGUCUCCAACUGUAGUGAGAGCGAAAAGAAUAUCCUCAUCAAAGAUGACAUCAUUAUUUUUCACAAUGGGGCAGACGAUACGAAUAGCGGCCCGGAUUUCGACGCGGGUGGGGCGGAGCACGAGAGGGGGGGGGAGUCGGACUGCGGAAAAGGAGGGGUAGCUGAUUACGCCAAGGGAGGGGUAGCGGACUACGCCAAGGGAGGGGUAGCGGACUACGCCAAGGGAGGGGCAGCUGAUUACUGCAAAGGAGCAACAAACUGUGAGAAGGCCGGGGGUGGUCACUCCGGAGGGGCCAUCCCUGCAGAUGGGUGUGGCGGCGGUGCAAGGGAGGCUUUGCAUUUCGCGGGCAAGGUGGUGCACCAAUCGGAUAAUGCGACCCACCCGUCUGAUAAGGCGACCCACCCGUCUGAUAAGGCGACCCACCCGUCUGAUAAAGCCGCCCACUCGUCCGAUAGAGCCGCCCACUCGUCCGAUAGAGCCGCCCACUCGUCCGAUAGAGCCGCCCACUCGUCUGAUAAGACCGCCCACGAAUCCAACAAGUACCUGCACAUCCAGUGCUACAUGACGGAGCAAUACAUCAUCAGCAAAAAGCAGGCGGAGAAAAUGAACAAAGCCAAGCUGUAUCUGCGGACGAUAAGAAAGAAAAAAAUAGAAAAGGAGGGAAACUACCACAGCGCUAAGGCCAAGUCCUAUUUCGACGGAAAUCUGCACCACACAGGGAUUCAACACUCCGACGAUUCGCUCUCAAACGGUGGAAAUGGAGAGAAUGAAAAGAUGCACGGAAGGAGGGUUGGAGAAAACAGCUCCACGUAUCGUUUAAAAAAAUACUCCAGUUAUAACGGCACAAGGAAUUUUUUAAAAAAGGCCUUCAGUGUAAAGAGGACGAAUCCGAAGAACGAAAGGAAGCUGUCCGACCACAUCUCCUCUUUGCUUAAAAAAAGCCUAAGCAAGGAUAACAAGGAGAAGAAAAAUUUGAUUUCUCACUGGAAGAACGGGGGCGUGGAUAGCGGCUCCUCCGUUAAGGAGAGGAAGAAGAAGAACAAGGAGGGGGAAAUACCUCUGGAUGAGGUCCGCGUGGGCGGCUGGCCAUCUUCGCAAAAUGGCGCGCAGAGCGGUGCGCAGAAUGGCAGGAAGGGUGACACACCAACGGAGAAGUUGCAACCAAACUACGGAGCGGCGAAACGUGGGGGCAGCGGGGAGUCCGCGCGGACCUGCCUGCAAGCUGAAAGCGCCUCGUCCGAUGAUGGGAUGCAAAGGAAGAGGGAGGACCACGUCUACAACCCCGGGGUGAGGCGGCGGAAGGGGAGCGGCCAACAGGAGGAGGAGGAUGAAGAGGAGGAAGACGAAGAGGAGGACGACGGGGAAUCCAUCGUGAAACUGAGCGAGUUCAACGAGGAAGACGCGGGGAAUAAGCGAACCGACUCCCUCGACGCGAGCAGAAAGUACAUCUACCACCGGGUGGGCGACGCGGAGAACAAGAAGAACGACGGCGGGAAGAAGUCCCUUUUUGGAAAAUUGAAAAAAAUUUUUUAUAAAAAAAAAAAGUCCAAAGAUUCGGAAGCGGAAGUGAUCACAUUUGCAAAUGCGUACAGGGGCGAGGAAUACCAGCGCAGCCAGGGUGGACGCAAGAAGAAGAACUUCCAAACGGGGAAUCUAUAUGAGGAUCGGACGGAGCAGGAGGAUGAGGAUAGGAGGACCCGAGCGGAGAAAAAGCAUAAUACCACCACUAAUGGAGAUCAUGGGGCUGGUUUCUCCCCCAGCCGGAACAACACAGGGGGGAUGGUUACCCAGUAUAAUACAUUUACGUCCAUUAGGGGAAGCGGACUGUUGGAGGGGAGGCACCAUCACGAGAGUCCCUCCCCGGGAGGACGCAUCGAAAGGGUGGGUAGAAACAGGAAGGAAAACUACCAAAUUAUUAUUAGCGAACAUGAAAGGAAGGAUCAUCAGCAGAGGCACGCCGGUGGUGUGGGAAAGAGGGAGGACAACAAGCAGACGUUCUUUUCCAAAAUUGCAAAAAUGAGUCCUCCGUUUGGCUUAUCCUUUGAGAAGGCGACGAAAUUGGGAGGAGGAGGAACCCCCCGGGAGGAGAAGGCAACCACAUCAUCGUUGCGUAAGAGCGAAAACCUGGUUAGCAGUCCCCCCAUGGAGGAGGGGGGCGUGGGCGGCCGAACGCCGCAGGGGGAGAUCGGGACGGGGACGGACGAGGCUGACGCGGACGAAUUGGAAAAUUUCCAUCUGCCGGAGAGCCACCCGCUGAACGGUGAGAGGAGCGAAGUGGGGGGAAGCGAGGGGGGCGAAGCAAGCGGAGGAAGCGGGGGCGACGAGAUGGCUGCCCCACAAACGAAGAGGAAGAAAAAGAUCAAUUUUAGGCACGAAUCGGGGGAGGAGGCCGCCGCCGCGAGUGCGGACCCCAGGAAGGGGGCAGUUUACCAGGAGAAGAAUGUGGGUCAGGUGGACACGAAAGGCGCGACGAGCGGGAAGGAGGCCCCGCGGGAGAAGCAGACCCACGAGGGGGCGCCGAGCAAAAUGGAGAAAAAGUACGCCGCUGUGGAGUACAACAGUAAGGACAACCCCCGCCUGGAGAAGGAGCUCUACAGCAAGUUUUACGAGAACGGGGGGAGCGCGGCGAACGCGGCGAACGCGGCCAACCCGGCCAACGCUGCUAAUGGGGCUAAUGGGGCAAACCCGGGGGUUGGGGGCGGCGCGUACCCGCCGAACGUGUACAACCUGGAUGACGCGACGGAGCUAACUGCGCUGCUGAACGACAAUGGCAAGCACGAAAUUAAGAAGCUGCUGUGGGCCAUCAACAACAACUUCGGAAACGACAUAGAGUUCGCGCCCAUCAUCCCCAACCUGUGCAUCAUCCUGUUGAUCUAUUUCAAAGCAUCCGUCGUCUACUGCAUCAUCCACUGUCUAAUAAAAAAGGGAAUCGACACGAUGAAGAACAAGGAGGUGCCCUUCUUCAUUUAUAAGAGGAAAGAUUUCGUUAAGUAUGUCAAGUACAUUUUAAACUCAUUUAUACAAUUCCUCCCCAAGUGUUACCACUAUCUCAGGAAAUUAAAUUUUGACCUAGCAGCAUGGACGGCGAGGUGUAUACAGGAUGGUUUUUCCCGCAUGCUCCCCUUUGACUUUGUCCUGAGGAUCUAUGGCAUCUACAUAUUUGAAGGGCAGAAGACCCUAUGUCUCUACUGCCUAGCGUUGUUAAAAUUUUUCGAAAGCGACUUACUAAAAUGUACCAACAUAGAAGAGGUAGAGAAUAUACUUUACCACAUCUGCAUGCAUCCGUACUUAACAAUAAAUGAGUUGACGCAGAUUGCCUAUCGAUUUAAGCUGAAGAGUAAGGAGAAGCAACUGAAGUUUUCUACUAAGUGUCCCUCUCCAUACCUCAUGAAUGUUAAAAUGAAAACUUUCUAUAGGCCUAGACUGAAUGACAAUUCUAGACUGAUUAACUCUUUGCACUGGCAAAAUAUUUGGGAGAAAAUUCCUAGCAAUUUGAGAUCUUUAGACCCUUUUUUAACCUACUGCUCGAAGAAGGAUGGGUAUAGCUUCCAAGUGCUGGUCGAAAGAACAGAAAAGAAUAAAAGGAAACCCAUGAUUCUUAUUUUAAAAACGUUCGAUUACGAUUUGAUGGGUUUUUUUUGUCCCUUUUCCCUCACGAGAGACCUUAAUUUUGUUAACUGCUCCGAUAAGAGCUCUGCCUUUCUCUGUACCUUUAACACCCAUUUUAAGUUUUACAAGUGGUCAGGCAGAAACAACACCCUUGUGCUCAUACGCGAUGGGAUUUACAUUGGCGGCAAUGACAUCGCGCUCUUCAUCGACAAGGACAUGAAGGUAGGGAAGACCCACGCGUCCGAGUCCUUCUUCUCCCCCCCGCUCAUCGCCGCCGGCCGCGACUUCCACAUCAUGGACAUCGAGGUGUGGAACCUCAAGUAG